UGUGUAUUGAUUUUUUCGUCGAACGCGAUCAAGUAUUUCCUUUGUUAAUAGAUUAAUUGUUGAAAUAUAAAUUAAACAAAGAUAUGGGAGCAGCUUUCUUUCCUGUAUUAUUUUUCACCGCAUUCUGGGCAUGUGUUGGCAUCGGCGUACCAAUGAUGACACCAAAGGGACCCCACCAAAGUCUCUUUCGUUGCAUUAUGAUGCUCACUGCAGCGACUUGCUGGCUUUUCUGGCUAUGCUGUUACAUGGCUCAGAUGAAUCCACUACUUGGACCAAAAUUAAACCAAAACACUAUAUAUAUGAUUGCAAAGGAGUGGGGCAGUGAACUUAAGGACGGUUAAAUGAGUGUAAUACAUUUAUUACUAUUUGUUAUAGAAAGGCAGACUUAUGCUUAUUAUUUAUGUAAAUACCUUAUUUCCAAUAUUAAUUAUAGAAAAUUUAUUGUGUUAA